ACACACAGAGACACACACAAAAGCAGAGACUGAUAAAGAAAACUCACCUCUGCACACAGCUAACACCCACAAACACACACAUUCAGACAGACAACUCACAGGGACACACAAUAGCUCGUCUUCUUCCCCCAUUUUUCCCCAAAUCUCGAAAACCCUAAUUUCUCCCACCAAAUGCCUCGCCCCUAGCCUCACUCCCAUCGCUCAAUCUCUCUCUCUCCUCCAUCUCCGCCGAUGACUCUCGCUGUAGCUCUCUUCUUCCUCCUGCUCCACCGCCAUGUCUCCGCCUCCAACGACGAGGUCAAAUCACUCCUCGAGUUCAGGAAGGGCAUCAAAUCCGACCCCUCCGGCCGGGUAUUCUCCUCCUGGGUACCCCCCUCCAACGCCUCCGCCUGCCCCGGCGGCUUCUACGGCGUCGUCUGCGACGACGCCACCUCCGCCGUGGUCGCCGUCGCCCUCGACGGCCUCGCCCUUUCCGGGGACCUGAAGUUCAGCACCCUCAUCCCGCUCAAGUUCCUCCAGAACCUGACCCUCACCGGGAAUUGGCUCACCGGGCGGCUCGUCCCGACUCUCGGGGUAAUGUCGUCUCUCCAGGUGAUUGAUCUAUCUGGUAAUCAGUUCUAUGGGCCGAUUCCGUCCAGGUUGAAUGACCUUUGGGCGCUGCAUUAUCUCAAUCUGUCGAACAAUAAUUUCUCUGGAUGGUUUCCUGCUGGAAUUCGCAACCUCCAGCAGUUGAAAGUUUUGGAUUUGCACUCGAACCAGCUGCAGGGGGUUGUGGGGGAACUGAUUCCGGAGCUGAGGAAUCUGGAAUAUGUGGAUUUGAGCAGAAAUGGUUUUUCUGGAUCAAUGGAACUCAGUGUGGAUAAUGUCUCUAGUUUGGCCAACACAGUGAAGUAUGUGAACUUGAGCUGGAACAAUUUAGGGGGUCGUCUAUGGGGGAGUGACGCCAUGAGAUUGUUUCGGAACUUGCAGGUAUUGGAUUUGGGUGAUAAUAUGAUUGGUGGUGAACUUCCAGAGUUUGAGCAGCUGCCGAAUCUUCAUACGCUCAGGCUGCGGAAUAAUCAGCUUUCUGGGUCUGUACCCGGGGAGUUUCUGCAGGGAGCUGUCCCAUUGGUUGAGUUGGACCUCAGUGUUAAUGAAUUUUCUGGUCCCAUUCCAGAGAUCAACUCAACGACUUUGAUCACUCUCAACCUCUCGUCAAACUCAAUCUCCGGUUCCUUGCCGCCAUCAUUAGGAAAUUGUCUGAUUGUCGAUCUUAGCAGAAAUCUUCUAUCAGACGACAUAUCUGUUCUAAACAACUGGAACUACAAUCUGGAAGCUUUAGACUUGAGCUCCAAUAGCUUGAGAGGUACCCUUCCCAAUUUGACACAAUUCGAAAAAUUAACUUUGCUCAGAGCUAGAAACAAUUCGUUAGAGGGGCCAUUGCCUUUUUCAUUGGGCUCCAAAUUCGUCACAAUCGAUCUUAGCUCCAACAGAUUUGAUGGCCCAAUCCCACAUAGCUUCUUCACUUUGGUCACCAUCACAUAUCUUAACCUGUCCAGCAAUCAUUUAACCGGGCCCAUUCCUAUCCAAAACUCUCAUGCGAGUGAGCUAUUGGUUCUUCCCACAAUUCCAUCAAUGGAGUCUCUAGACCUUUCAAACAACGCCUUAACGGGCGAAUUACCGUCAGAUAUAGGUAAUUGGGGGAUGCUUAAGUUGCUUAAUCUCUCCAGGAAUAAUCUUUCCGGACAGAUCCCAAGCGAAUUAAGCAAACUUACUCUUCUGGAGUACCUCGAUUUAUCCCAUAACAAUUUCAACGGUCACAUUCCCGGUAAACUCCCGUCAAGUCUCAAGUUCUUCAGCGUGGCUUACAACAAUUUAUCCGGAAAAAUCCCCGAAAAUUUGGCUGGCUUUCCCGAUUCUUCAUUUACGCCUGGAAAUGACGGGCUCGACUGGCAUCAUCAUGGUUCCCCUUCGGAUAAUAACCAUGUUCCGAACCAGCUAGACAAUAGAAGAAACCACCACCACUCUAAAACGAGCAUCACUAUAGCUAUAAUCGUGGCAUGUACUGGAGCUGCCGUGAUGAUAGCUGUCGUUCUUUUUGCCUACCGAAGGGCCCGCCUUCAUGAUUUCCGAGGCUUCCGUGGGCCCUCGGGUGGUCAAGAAGUCAAAGUGGGAAGACUUAAUCGUCCUUCACUUUUCAAUUUCCACACGGGAGGCGCGGGCCCUCCCCCGGCCUCAUUGAGCUUUUCCAAUGACCAUCUGUUGACUUCUGGUCAAAAGGGGUCUGGAGAAUCGUCUGGUGGUGCGGGGCCCGCUGCUACUGGUCAACCGGAAACAUCCGGAAGGAAGUCAUCCUCUCCGGACUCUCCAAUGGCGGCUUCGUCCCCUCGAUUUAUAGACGCGAUAGGACAAUCCGUGACGUUAAAUGUGUAUUCUCCCGAUCGAUUGGCUGGCGAUUUGCUUUUCUUGGAUAAUUCACUUAUAUUUACGGCAGAAGAGUUGUCCCGGGCCCCGGCAGAGGUUUUGGGUAGAAGCAGCCACGGGACACUGUACAAAGCUACACUUGAUAACGGGCAUAUGCUGGCUGUGAAGUGGUUGAGAGUCGGGUUAGUCAAGAACAAGAAAGACUUUGCAAAGGAGGUGAAGAAGAUCGGGUCUAUUAGGCAUCAGAAUAUAGUUCCUUUACGCGCUUAUUAUUGGGGGCCGAGAGAACAAGAGAGGCUCAUCUUAGCUGACUAUGUGUCGGGCGACAGCUUGGCCUUGCAUCUUUAUGAGUCGACACCUCGGAGGUACUCCCCGUUAUCGUUCAACCAAAGGCUGAUAAUUGCCAUUGAAGUUGCUCGUUGCCUUCUCUUCCUUCACGACAGGGGACUCCCACAUGGGAACCUAAAGCCCACGAACGUAAUCCUAGCUGGCACUGAGUAUGCUGUCCAGCUCACCGACUAUGGGCUCCACCGGCUGAUGACGCCAGCUGGCAUCGCGGAGCAGAUCCUGAAUCUGGGGGCCCUUGGCUACCGGGCCCCUGAGCUUGCCGUGGCCUCCAGGCCCAGCCCAUCCUUCAAGGCUGAUGUGUACGCGUUUGGUGUGAUUCUGAUGGAACUGCUGACGAGGAAAAGUGCGGGUGACAUCAUCUCAGGGCAGUCGGGAGCCGUUGAUCUGACUGAUUGGGUGAGAUUGUGCGAUCAGGAGGGACGAGGGAUGGAUUGCAUAGACAGGGAGAUUAUUGCGUGUGGGGAAGAACACACGAAAGCCAUGGAUGAAAUGCUUGCAGUUUCUUUGAGGUGCAUUCUGCCUGUAAACGAGCGGCCGAACAUCAGGCAGAUCCUGGACGAUUUGUGUUCGAUAUCGUCAUCUAUCAUUAGAGUACCUAGGCUAGUGGUUAUCCUAUUAGGUUAUAGAGGCUUUGGACUUGAAGGCUACCUUGAUGGAUCUACUCAACCUCCAACGAGGUUCAUCCCAGGAGAUGAAGAAGGGCUGCUGCAAGUUAAUCCAGAAUAUACCAGUUGGCAAAGACAAGACCAACUCUUGGCUUCAUGGCUCCUCUCCUCCUUGUCUGAAUCGAUCCUCAUCUUAGUCAUAGGUAAGAACACCUAUUCCCAGAUCUGGAACACCCUUGAGCAAAGCCUCUCAACUCAGUCCAAAGCCAGGACCAUGCACUAUAGGUUUCAACUUCAGAAUCUUAAGAAAGGAAACCUCAGUAUUAGAGAGUAUGUGAACAAGGUCAAGAUGUACUGUGAUACUCUAGCUACUGGUGGACAUAUAAUCACUGAACAUGACCAAAUCAUGCAUGUACUGAGUGGGUUGAGCUCAGAAUAUGAUGCUGUGGUAGUAAGCAUUAAUGCCAGACCAGACCAAAUUACUAUGAUUGAUGUGAUGUCACUGCUGCUUACCUUUGAAAGUAGGCUUCAAGCUGCCAUUGUUGCAAAUGAGAGCACAAACCUUUCAUCAGCUAAUAUGGCUGUGCAAAGCAACAAGCCUUUCCACAACAACACUGCCUCAAGAGAAAGAAGAAAUCAACAAGGAUAUAGAGGCAGAGGCAGAUCAGGAAGGGGCAGAGGAGGAAGGAGUUUUAACUCAAGGGUGCAGUGCCAAAUUUGUGGCUACACCAACCACACUGCAGACAAGUGUUGCAACAGUGCUGAAAAUGAGUGGUUCCCAGACUCAGGUGCAUCUCACCAUAUCACCAAUGAUUUUGGAAACCUUAGUGUGGCUUCAGAAUAUGGAGGACCCAAUAAACUUCAGAUUGGAAAUGGCUCGGGGCUUGAUAUUGCUCAUGUUGGUGUUCCUCUUCUCAAAGGGACUCUUAAGCAUGGACUCUAUUCAUUCAAGUUAAGUAGAGUUCCCAACAAGAAUGAAGACAACCUAGUUUCAAGUAGUAGAGAUCACCAGCCUAUUAGAGGGAGUGUUUAA